CAAACACAGAAGAGGGAAGGAAGAAGAGUCUAAAAGUCGGUGAGAUGGAACUUCAAAUCGCCUUGCUCCUGCUUUGCAUCACACUCUUCUGUUUCUGCCUCCGCCACUUUCUCUUGCCAUCAUACACUGCAAAGCUACCACCCGGUCCAACUGGCCUUCCCAUCUUGGGCUCACUGCUUCAACUCGGUGAAAAACCCCACCACUCACUUGCAAAAUUCGCGGAAUCCCACGGCCCUCUCAUCUCUCUCCGCCUCGGAUCCAUCACAACCGUGGUCGCUUCCUCCCCUCAAACAGCCAAACUAAUCCUCCAAAACCAUGCUGACAACUUCUUGGAUCGUCCUGUUCCUGAUGCUAUCAUGGCAAUGCCUAAUCCUGAAUGCACACUUGCUUGGAUCCCUGGUGACCAUGUGUGGCGCAAUCGCCGCAGAGUUUGCGCUUCUCACUUGUUCACUACUCAGAGACUCGACUCACUCCAACACCUGCGGCAGAAAAAAGUGGACCAACUCCUCCAACACAUCACAAAACACUGUGUUUUGGGAACACCGGUAUACAUUACCGAUCUCGCCUCAGCCACCAUCUUGAACUUGAUGUCAAACACCAUGUUCUCCGUUGACCUUGUUGAUCCAAGAUUCGAGUCAGCUCAGGAGUUCAGGGAGCUGAUGUGGAGAAUUAUGGAGGGUGUUGGGAAGCCCAACAUUUCAGAUUAUUUUCCCAUAUUCCGGAGUUUGGACUUGCAAGGUGUGAAGCGUGGCACCGUUCCAUCCUACAAAAGACUCCAUGAGAUACUUGAUGGGAUCAUCCAUGAACGCAUGAAACUUAGAGCCUCCAGUUCCACCACCAGCAUGAAUGAUUUCUUGGAUGUGCUUCUUGAUCAGUGCCAAGUGGAUGGCUCUGAUUUCAGUUCUGAAACUAUCAAGACUUUACUUGUGGAACUAGUCUUUGGUGGAAGUGAUACUUCUUCAGUAACAAUCGAGUGGGCAAUGGCUGAACUUCUUCGCAAUCCUCAUGUGAUGCAAAAGGUUCGAAUAGAGCUUAGUGAGGUAAUUAGCCCAGGGCAAAGUAUAAAAGAAUCAGAUAUUGAUCGACUGCCAUAUUUUCAAGCGGUUGUAAAAGAGACAAUGAGACUCCAUCCGCCUGCUCCUCUUCUCUUACCAUAUAAGGCAAAGAAUGACCAAGAAAUAUGUGGUUUCACCAUACCGAAGGACAGUCAUGUUCUAGUGAAUAUUUGGGCUAUUGCAAGAGAUCCAGGAUACUGGGAGGAUCCAUUAUCAUUCCUUCCUGAAAGAUUCUUGAGCUCUAAGAUAGAUUUUAGAGGUCAAGAUUUUGAAUACCUACCAUUCGGAGCAGGUAAGCGAAUCUGCCCAGGCAUAUCCCUUGGUCUAAGAAUGGUUCAUUUAGUACUAGCUUCCAUUAUUCAUUCGUUCAGUUGGAAGCUUCCCCAGGGAAUCACUCCGGAGAGCCUCGACAUGAAGGAGCAGUUUGGAGUUACCCUGAAAAAGGUCGUUCCCCUUUGCGCCAUUCCAUUUAUAGAAGAAAAAUGCUCUCCAUAAUUCUAUCUGUUUCUUUUGAACAAAAUAUCCUAUGUAUUGAAGUCAUGGUCUUGUAGCCUUCCAUUGGUAAUAAAGGUUGAAUAUAUUUGUCAAGCUUUUCA